GUUAGACUUCUUAGCCUUGGCGAAUAGAGGAUUAGAUAUCAAUUCAUCAGAUAUAUAAGCCAUUCACAGAGACAAAACUAACAGUAUUCGAUUGCACCGUAACAUUUGUGGUACAACAGGCACCAGUUCCAGAAUGAAGUUUGUUCUAAUCACCUUCGGUCUAAUGGCACUGGCUGCUGCCCAGGACGAUCGCUACACCAACCGAUUCGAUACCAUCGAUUUGGAUGAGAUACUGAAAUCCGACCGGCUGUUCAAGAACUACUUUAUGUGUCUGACGGACGCAGGCCGCUGCACUCCGGAAGGCAACGAAUUGAAACGCGUCCUACCGGAGGCUUUGGCAACGUCCUGUGCCAAAUGCAGUGAAAAACAACGCGAAGCGGGAGCUCGCGCCUUCAAGUACCUAUCCGAGAACCGACCGGAGGACUGGAAAAUCCUGCGUGCUCGUUACGAUCCCGACAACAAGUAUGCCGCCAUGAUCGAAAAAGAAGGUGGUUUGGCGUAAACUGAUUAUGUUAAUUUGCAACUGAAUAUUUAUUUUGACUAGUUGUUUCCUUUCAAUUUAUUGCUCAACUGUCUGCAAAAAUUGUACCUGUUAAUUUGAUUUCCGCUGUCAAUAGAAUAAAUAAACACGUCUUCCAAACAAUGUCAAAACAAAACCAUAUUUGUU